AUGGAAUCUUCUAAGCAACCUGUCAAGCUUGUCAAGGUCACCCGUGUCCUGGGCCGAACCGGUUCUCGUGGUGGUGUUACCCAAGUCCGCGUCGAAUUCAUGGACGACCAGACCCGAAGCAUUAUCCGAAACGUCAAGGGACCAGUUCGUGAAGACGACAUUCUCUGCCUACUCGAGUCCGAACACCCAACCAUGAGCACUGUUCCAAAGCCAAAGGAUGGUUGGUUCAACCUCCUAUACUUCGCAAGUGCGCAGUCAUACACUUCGAAGGAGUUCGAUACAUUCCCCGCCCCGCUUACUCUUUCGGCUCUUUUCUUGAAGUUGGAAGAAACAUACAAUGGCAUUACAGAAAAGAUUCUUAAUUCGUCUAUGGUGACGAUCAAUCUUGAAUACGUUGAUGUUCCACGACCCGAUGAUGAGUCUUCUCAAACCGUGACGAUCAAAGAGGGCGAUGAGGUCGCUAUCAUUCCGCCGGUAAGCUCUGGCUGA